UGAGUAACGAAUGUUGAGGGGACGCAAGCGUGCCUGGAUUUGGUUCUUUACUCAACACGCAGAACGCCUUCGUCCCUCGGUCGGACAGUUAGUCGGAGAGACAAUUGGUGACGUCCUCUCGGGAGUGUUGACCCAUAUACAUUUUAUUUCCCGCCCUCCAAUAUUCAACUUCAAUUAAACAAAAAAUAUAACCAGUGUGUGAAAUUGCAACAAAAACGAAAAUGGCAGCUCUUAAACGAAUGACGAGCCUUACCAAGGCACUCUCGACGUCCUGGUCUUAUCGCCUUCAGAUGCCCAAAACUUACUUCACUUAUGUGAACGAGCCAGCAAUGCCAAUUCCGAAUAGAGAACCUCAUUGGGUUCAAACAGCCGACGAAGCCAUUGAACAAGCUAAAUUAAAGUCAGAUAAUGUGAUAUUCGUUCAAGGAGCAGCUGCAACUCCUGUUGAGCUACUUCGGGCAUUGACAGAUUAUGGAGUGAAGACAGAUGUGAGAAAUGUGCGACUAUUUCAUAUGCACUUAGAAGGAGAGGCUCCUUUUGCUAAGAAGGAAAAUGCAAAGCACUUCAAAUCGAUCAGCACAUUUAUUGGAGGCAAUGUACGAGCUGCAGUGAAUGACGGACGAGCAGAUGCAAUUCCAAUAUUUCUCCACGAAAUUCCACGUUUGUUCAAUAACAGAAUAGUCGUACCUGACAUUGCACUUAUUCAGGUGUCUGAGCCAGAUGAGAAGGGUUACUGUUCACUAGGUACUAGUGUAGAUUGUGUACGAUCAGCCAUCAUUAACUCAAAAAUCAUUGUGGCGCAAGUAAAUAAGCACAUGCCAAGAACCUUUGGCGAUGCUGUAGUUCACAGCAGUCAUUUUGAUAUUGCGGUAAGGCAUCACUCACCUCUGCCUGCUCAUGCAGUCAAGCCGUCUAGUGAUGUGGAAAGAAGAAUUGGCGAAAAUAUCGCUAAUAAUUUAGUCGAUAAUGGAGCCACUCUGCAGUUGGGAAUUGGUAGUAUCCCAGAUGCUGUUCUAGCUUCGCUAGAUGGUCACAAGGAUUUGGGUAUCCAUAGUGAAAUGUUCAGUGACGGAGUAGUGGAUCUGGUAAACAAGGGAUGCAUUACCAACAACAAGAAGAAAAUGCACCGUGGACGUAUCGUAGGAUCAUUUUGCGUGGGCUCUCAGAAGCUCUACGACUUUAUGCAUAACAAUCCAUUUAUUGAGAUGUUAGUGGUGGACUACGUGAAUGAUCCAAGAAUCAUUGCUAAACAACCAAAGAUGACUGCUAUUAAUUCUUGUAUUGAGGUUGAUAUCACUGGUCAAGUUUCUUCGGACAGUAUUGGAACAAGGAUGUACUCUGGAUUUGGUGGACAGGUUGAUUUUAUUACUGGAGCUGCAAUGGGUGAAGAUAAUCUUGGCAAGCCAAUUAUUGCACUUCCUUCUACGACCACGAAAGGAGUUAGUAAAAUAUCACCUGUGCUUAAGUCUGGUGCUGGUGUUGUAACAUCAAGAGCACUUGUUCGCUACAUUGUAACGGAACAAGGAAUUGCAAGUCUCUUCGGCAAAUCUUUGGCUCAACGUGCAUACGCUCUGAUACAGAUAGCGCAUCCUGAUCAUCGAGAAGAAUUGGAGAAAGCUGCUUUCGAACGUUUGAAAACGAUGCCCGAACCUUAAGCUUCGUACAUAUGUGAAAGGCCUAAAAUCCAUAGCAUUUUAUAAUAGUCGCUCCUCUAACAAAAUGCCAUAUGUAUAUUUAAGGAGCCACUAUUAUCUCUUCUUUCUUUUGGAAAACAAUCGUUCCACUCUACAAAGGAAUAUGAGAUGACAUUGUGAAGAAGAGUCUAUUACUAGAUCAGUGCCAUUAGAAUAAUAUCUACGUGAAAUUGGUGUUAAAACUCGAAAAAUAUAAGUAACGAACUUCAGAACAGCCAGUGAAUGGAUUAACUAAGAGAAAGUAUGUGAGGGAUUAAUAUUGCUUGGAAAUAGUAUCUUUUAUAAUGUAUUUAUCUACGUUCCUUUUGUAUAAGAAGGUCGUGCGUUGGGCCGAGACGUAUUUUAUUUUUAAUGAAAUAUAGUAUUAAGAUUAA